AUGGGGACACAUGGAUGGGCAUGGGGAUGCCCAGAAGGGCAUGGGGACACCCGGACGUCCAUCCCUGUGCCCACCUUGACGGCAUCUCCAACCUCCCAGGCUGAGACAGCCGCCAACCGCAUCUGCAAAGUCCUGGCCGUGAACCAGGAGAACGAGAAGCUCAUGGAGGAGUACGAGAAGCUGGCGAGCGAGCUCCUGGAGUGGAUCCGCCGCACGGUGCCCUGGCUGGAGAACCGGGCUCCCGAGAGCAGCAUGGGGGCCAUGCAGCGCAAGCUGGAGGAUUUCCGCGACUACCGGCGCGUGCACAAGCCGCCGCGCGUGCAGGAGAAGUGCCAGCUGGAGAUCAACUUCAACACGCUGCAGACCAAGCUGCGCCUCAGCAACCGCCCCGCGUUCAUGCCCUCCGAGGGGAAGAUGGUGUCGGACAUCGCCAACGCCUGGAAGGGGCUGGAGCAGGUGGAGAGGGGCUACGAGGAGUGGCUGCUCACCGAGAUCCGGCGCCUGCAGCGCCUCGACCACCUGGCCGAGAAGUUCAAGCACAAGGCGACGCUGCACGAGAACUGGACGCGGGGUGAGCGCGGGGACGGCCCCGUGCGCACCGAGAAGCUGCUGGAGACCAUCGACCAGCUCUACCUGGAGUUCGCCAAGCGCGCGGCCCCCUUCAACAACUGGAUGGACGGGGCCGUGGAGGACCUGCAGGACAUGUUCAUCGUGCACAGCAUCGAGGAGAUCCAGAGCCUCAUCACGGCCCACGAGCAGUUCAAGGCGACGCUGCCGGAGGCCGACCGGUAGCGCAUGGCCAUCGUGGGCAUCCACGGGGAGAUCCAGAAGAUCGCGCAGACCUACGGCAUCAAGCUGAGCGGCGGCAACCCCUACACGGCCCUCACGCACCUGGACAUCGCCACCAAAUGGGAUUCGGUGAAGCACCUGGUGCCCCAUCGCGACCAGACGCUGCAGGAGGAGCUGGCCCGGACCAGCUCCUUGGAGGAGCAGAUGAGCCGCCUCAAGCAGCACGAGCACAACAUCAUCAACUACAAGACCAACAUCGACAAGCUGGAGGGCGACCACCAGCUCAUCCAGGAGGCCCUGGUCUUCGACAACCGGCACACCAACUACACCAUGGAGCACAUCCGUGUGGGCUGGGAGCAGCUGCUGACCACGGUGGCCCGGACCAUCAACGAGGUGGAGAACCAGAUCCUGACGCGCGACGCCAAGGGCAUCAGCCAGGAGCAGAUGAACGAGUUCCGGGCCUCCUUCAACCACUUCGACCGGAAGAGGAACGGCAUGAUGGACCCCGAUGACUUCCGCGCCUGCCUCAUCUCCAUGGGCUACGACCUGGGCGAGGUGGAGUUUGCCCGCAUCAUGAUGAUGGUGGACCCCAACAACACCGGCGUUGUCACCUUCCAGGCCUUCAUCGACUUCAUGACCCGCGAGGCGGCCGAGACCGACACGGCCGAAAUCUGGGAUAAUUUAGGCAAAAAGUAG